GCAAUAACGACAGGAUGUUCGAUGUAAAACGUUUUCCACCAUAUUUUCGCGAUCGAAGAUCGAACUAAUUGAAGUUAGACUAUUUUCAAUUCCAAUAUUGCAACAUUGAUCGAAUAAAAAUACAACGAUGGAACUUCUGCUCUAGCUAGUUAUGCAUGUUUUCGCCGUGAGAUGGAAGCAGCGUACGCAUGUUGUUUUCUGCUGUCUGGUAGCUGUCAAAGAUGCGUAAUCGUGUCGUACAUUCGUUGUCUCCCAUUUCGAGACAACGUCGAUCAUCGCGAAGUACGUCGAAGCGACGGUGAUAAGUGUGAAAGUGGCGUAUGCGCGGAGUUGCGAUGCACGGGAAUCGCAGCCUCUGCCCCUAAAUGCGCCGCGUUGCGCUAUCCUACGACACGAAGGCUGCGAUUACUUGAGGAUAACCUCUCGGCCGCCCUGAUUAUCGAUAACGGACGCAAAAAUCACUUGCCACGUAUAAGCGAGCUGAUCCGCGCAUUACGACCUGGCCAUGGCGUGCUUGCUGCUGAAUCAAGAGAACGUAAACCUGAAAAUACCGUCAGCUGACACAGUCGACGGGGUUACGUAUUACUGCAUUGAGGUUGGAAUCGCGUCCAUCAAGUGGACUGUGAAGCACAGAUACAAUGAAUUCUCGGAGUUGCACGAGAAACUCGUUUCGGAGCACUGCGUCGAGAAGGACAUCCUACCGCCAAAGAAACUCAUCGGCAACAAGUGCGAAGCUUUCGUGGAGAAGCGCAGACAGAGCUUGGAAAUAUAUCUCAAUGCUGUUUAUAAUUAUUUGAAGAAAGCGAUGCCUAGAGAAUUGGCCAUAUUUCUAGAUCUACAUGUAUACGACAUUUACUUUCUACUGCAAAGUAUGGCCUUGGAAUUCUUUACAAGAGGUGACACCUUGCUGCAGAAUUCCACCAACUACAAAUUUAAUCCUAUACAGCUCUAUGCGAUCAGUGAAAGAUUAAAGCAACCGUGCCCAUCUUUGGAAGUCGUGGAUAAAAAAUAUGAUUUUAGCCAUGUUUUGGAUUUCAAUUCUCAUUUAACUAGUCUUAUGAUCGAGGGAAGUUCGGAACCUUACAAAACUAGUAAUAUUUAUUCGUCUGCGUUGUCCAUCGAAUUAUCUACCUUUAAAAAUAUACAACAUCUAACAAUCGAUCGAUAUCCCAUGGACAAGAUCUACAACAUGGGGAAUCUUCGAGAUACCGUGACCAUGUUAAAAGUUACGAAUACAAAACUCAGAAACAUCGUAGAACUGGCCAUGUGCGAGGAAGUUCACAAGCAUAUCGAAAAUGCGAAUGAUUCGCACGUGUGGUUAAAAGUAACGCACUUGGAUCUUAGCGAUAAUCGCAUUGAAGUUAUCGAUGAGGCAAUUAAGCUGUUACCGCACAUUGAAUGCCUGACAUUGAACAACAAUCAUUUGUCCGAAAUUUCCAACGUGACAUUAUUACCGAGACUGUCUCAAUUGUAUCUAGCGUCGAAUAAUUUUAUCAGUCUGCCGGACGACCUUCAUACCAAACUCGGAUACAUUGUAUACAUCGAUCUGUCGCAAAAUAAAUUAACGUCUCUCGCCAGUUUCUCAAAGUUGUACUCGUUAGAGGGAUUAGACGUGAGCUGCAAUCGCAUUGAGAAGAUCGAAGAGGUGAAACACAUAGGUCAUUUACCUUGCCUGGAAAACCUGAGACUGACGGGCAAUCCGGUGUCGACGAUCGUAGACUACCGAGUCAAAGUGUUGGAACCGUUCGGUAAGAGGGCCGCCGAUAUCUGUUUGGAUAACGAAAAGCCGAAUCAAAAGGAACUCGACACCGUGUCGGUUCAUCAAGCGUUAAGAAUUGCGCGAGAAGGUAAAUCGCCAACAUUCACCGCGUCAGACGCGCCGCUAUUUUCCGCCGAAGUUCCGAGUAUAUAGAAAUGUCAGUCGUAAUUUGCCCUUUUAUCACGAUGACCACCAUGAUUGUGUGAAAAAUAUUUAAAUACGAAACAAACAAAAGUGUUUUUAUACUUGUAAAUUUGAUCGCUACGAGACUGAUUCUCCUAUCACAAUCAGUAAAACUAAUAAUAAUAUUCGCUCUUCUAUUAUAUUGUAAUAAUAAUAUUGUUUUCGGUUUCGAUUUGUUAUACUUUUUUUGCUAGUUUUAUUGAUGCAAUACGAGUAAACCAAAAAUAAGCGCUUUUCUUUCUCAAACAAAAAAACGUUAAUUUGAUAAGGCUCAAUUUAACUAAUUUAAAACGAAAAGCGUAAGUGGACUUCAGAACAAAUUGUUGGUGCUGAUUUUUAAAAAAUGUUUACGAAUAUUUCGUAAGCAUGUACUAAUUACAACUUAAAAAUGUUUACAAAAUAUUUUGUGAAUAUUUUUAAGUUGUAAUCAAAUACUUCGUAAACAUUUUUAAGUUGUAAUCAGCACCAAUAACUUACUCUGGCUUUGAAGUUAAUUUACAUUUUAGAAAAUUAAAAAUUCACAGACAAAUUCACACCUGAGAAAACUACGAAUAUAAUAAACAACUAUUAUAAUUUAUACAAUUAGCAAAAUAAAUAAUUCGUAAAAUUUCCGCUGUUUUAUACAAUGUACAAUGUAUGAAUGCAAUCACAUAUAGCAUGUGAUUUCUGUUAAUUGUUUAUAACAAUGAACAGAUCCGUCUAUCAAUUGUAAAUUGUACAUGCGAUUAUUUGAUAUCAUCAAAAUCUUUUACUAGAGUUAGUACAAAAUGUGUCAAUCGUGUAAUAUUUAUUCCGAGAUAAUAUUUAAAUUUGUUCAUUUUAUAAGAAAUAAUACAAACACAAAUUUUGUGUAUC